CCUCAAGUUCGAUCGAUGGGAUCGACCAAUUGAUUGUGGACUAGCGGGAUCGCGGGCUUGAGCUUGAUCAGUCAAGUAUCACUGGUACUAUGUCCCUCCCCCACAAGAAUGAGGAGUACGGUACCGAAGUGUACUGGGAUAAAAGAUACGAGCAAGAAGCUGAGGAUGCCUCUUUUGACUGGUUCAAGACCUAUGCGGAUGUUGCAGAUGUCAUCCGCAAGCUCAUCCCCAGUAAAGAUGCACGCAUCCUAAUGCUCGGUUGUGGAAAUUCGAAGUUUUCGGAGGAAAUGUGGGAAGAUGGGUACAAAAACAUUGUCAACGUUGACUAUUCACCAGUUGUGAUCGAGAAGAUGCGCAGCCGGCACAAAGAUGUGCGCCCAGAGAUGACAUGGGAAGUGAAGGAUGUCCGGACUCUGGACGGUCUUGAUUGCUCAUCCUUUGACGUCGCCAUCGACAAAGGGACAAUGGAUGCAAUGAUGACGUCUUCCACAGAUGUCUGGGAACCACCAGAACAAGUGAUCAAAGACUGUACAGCAGAGGUGUAUCAGGUCUUACGCGUACUUAAGCCCAAUGGCAUCUUCAUCUACAUCACCUUUGGACAACCGCACUUUCGAAGACGAUAUCUCACUGGUGCACACGUAACACGAAAGACUUCACUUGAGAUCAAUCAACUGGGAGAAUCUUUCCAUUACUACAUGUAUACUAUGCGGAUGCUCUGAAGUUUCCGCUCUGCUUGUAUGUACUGUACUGAGCACCUACCCUUGACCUACCCGUCCACGCUGCUGCAAUAGAUUUGGAGUGUGUGU